CAUGCUCAGACUGCGGGGUCAUACAUUGCAUGCUACGAACAAAGCGAAUGUCUUUGCUAGCUACGGAUGAUACACUCGAAUUGAUCUACAUAUAGAAGUGAUAAUAUCCAGUAUUAUUGAACUUACGUCUUCGUGUUAAGUGUGUGUUCGGUUCCUGAUUAUGUCAACAGCCGACGAUUCACGUUACCACAACGAUCAUGAUGACAGAGUUGGAGGACAAACGUUUCGCAACCGCAAAGGCAGGGGCCCUUUUAGGGCCCAUAUGUAUAUUGACCAGGGGCCAGGAGCACCAGGGACAAGAACAAGAUAUCGUGGUGGCCAAAAAGGCGGUGGCGGCCAGGGACCCAGAGCGAGAUUCGAUGAUGAGGAUGGAGACGUGGCAAUGACAGACAGCAACUCCCAAGAUGGGUCCUCCCAACACAGAUUUAACCCUUACGGAAGGCCGAAUCGCCGUGGUGAAGACCGCUUUGAUCGUGGCCGCAGAGGUGGCGGUGGAGGAGGUCACAGGGGUCGUAGUAAUAACAGAGGGGAUGGAGGUGGAGAUGGCCGCAAUACCUGGUUCAAGAUAUUUGUCCCCUAUGGAAAGAAAUAUGACAAAGACUGGCUCAUAACAGCUCUGCAGAAUAUCUGCUCCAUGCCCUUCACCCCAGUACAUUACCAAGUAGAGGGCAACCGAGCACAGUUCUAUAUUGACGAUUCCACCACUGCGAAUGCCUUGUUAAAGGUAUCACGGAAGAUCACAGACAAAGAAGGCUACAAGGUGACUGUACUGAUGAAUCCCUGUCCUCCACCCUCCUUUCUUCAGUCUGAACUAAAGCCAGCUGAUCUGGAGCACCUAAAGCAAUGCAUGGCUAAACGCUUUGAUGGCUCUCAACAAGCCCUGGACUUGAACAACAUCCGGAUAGACCCAGACCUGGUUUCCCAGAACAUUGAUGUGACAUUGAACAGAAAGAACUCUAUGCACGCUGUUAUAAAGAUAAUUGAGGAGAACAUUCCAGAGCUUGUUUGUCUGAACAUCAGCAACAACAAGCUGUUUCGGCUGGAUGACCUGUCAGAGCUGGUCAACAAGGCUCCAAACUUGAAGACACUCAAUCUUUCUCAUAAUGAGUUAAAGACAGAGCGUGAGCUGGAUAGGAUCAAGGGUCUUAAGCUGGUGGAGCUAUGGCUGGAGAGGAAUCCCCUUUGUGACUAUUUCAAGGACCAGGCUUCUUACAUAAGCACGGUGAGAGAGAGGUUCCCCAGGCUUCUCAAACUGGAUGGUCAGGAUCUCCCCCCUCCUAUAGUCUUUGAUGUGGAGGUGACUCCUGCUGCUCUUCCACCCUGCAAGGCCAGCUACUUCUGCUCAGAAGAGAUCAAGACUCCCAUCCUCGCCUUCCUACAACAAUACUACAGUGUGUAUGACUCCGGGGACAGACAACCUUUGUUAGAUGCCUAUCAUGAUGGAGCGACCUUCUCCUUGAGCAUGUUCAUCACCAUGCAGAACCCAUCCAGGUGCAGUCUCGGAGAUUACCAUAAAGACACUCGCAACCUGAAAAAGCUCAAAGAUCCAUCCACACGAUUCCGCUUACUGAAGCACACUCGUCUGAAUGUGGUGGCUUUCCUGAACGAACUUCCCAAAACGCACCAUGACACUGCAUCGCUAAAUGUGGACGUCAACACCUUCACCAACACGUUACUGUCGUUCACAGUCACUGGAGUGUUCAAAGAAGUUGAAGGUAAAUCCCGAGACUCUGUCAGAGCUUUCUCUCGGGUGUUCAUCACAGUGCCGGCUGGAGGGACAAGUCUUUGCAUAGUAAACGACGAGCUUUUUGUCCGUAAUGCUACGACUGAGGAGAUCCGGCGUGCCUUUGUUGCACCCGCCCCCACACCAUCCAGCAGCCCUGUCCCCACCCUCUCAGCUCCCCAGCAAGAGAUGCUUUCUGCCUUCUCUCUAAAGUCCGGCAUGAACCUGGAAUGGUCCCAGAAAUGCCUGCAGGACAAUGAGUGGGAUUUCAACCGAGCAGGGCAGGUCUUCACAGACCUCAAGGCUCAUGGAAAGAUCCCAGAUGUCGCUUUCAUAAAGUGAUUAGGAAUGAUUGUGGAGCUUUUAAAUUGUCACUUAUUUCCUUUUGAUUCUUAUAAUUCCCCUCCUGGAUUACUAGAUAACAAAAGCAUAUUUCAUUCUGUCAUUCUUAUAAUUAAAAGUGAACGUAUUCAUGUC